AUCAAGCACCUAGGUAUGCAGAACACUGCUUCUACAAACAUUUGUGAAAGAAUAUUUUGCUCUCAGGAGCUCAAUGAAUUCAAGCGUGGUACCGUGAUAGGUUGCCACCUGUUCAAUAAGUCAAUCCGUGACAUUUCCUUGCUACUAAAUAUUCCACAUUCAACUGUUAGUGGUAUUAUAACAAAGUGGAAGCAACUGGGAACAAUAGCAACUCAGCCACCAAUUGGAAGGCCAUGUAAAAUGACAGAGCAGGGUCAGUGCAUGCUGAAGCGUGCAGUGCGCAGCAGUCACCAACUGUCUACACGAGUCAAUAGCUAAAGACCUCCAAACUUUGUGUGGCCUUGAGAUUAGUACAACAGCAGCGCAUAGAGAACUUCUUGGAAUGGGAUUCCAUGGC